AUUUUAUCAGGCACAUUUCCGUUACAUCAUUCGUUGGGCGUGUCGUCUUUGGGAGCGUGAAGUUUGAUUGGCUACAGGCCACUUCCUGAAAUCUUAUACACGGCUGGCGGACAGAAGCCCGCGGUUUACAAAAGCUAUAGCUGGAUUAAAUUAAAUACUUAGUCGAGAUAGAAUCUGCCUCCACACAAGACUGGACUUCUAGAAUGGCGUCGAAAUCGCGCUAAAGACACCUUAAAGUUGACAACUGGCAGGUCAAUCCCCGCUAUAUCGAAACUUAACUGUGGGACAGCGUUUUGUUUGUUAGCAUUAACGUUAGCAGGUGUGAAGCUAACCAGGUAGCGCAGGGUGGCGUUACCUUGUCAACCAAAUUAGCAUCGACUGAAACCGCAGAGUCUGUUUUCUGUCUCUGAAAAUACAAGACACAGGCUACAUCAUUGCUCUAUCCGACUUCAGGCUCAUUGUCAGUUCCUGUUGGAUAAUCAACAGCGACAACGAUGUCGCUUUCGACAGACCAACGCUUCAGGUGUAAGGGAGAAACUAUCUGCGUGAUGCCCGACCACUUGUGUGAUAUGCUAGAACAUGGCUUGGACCUUAAUAAGUCAUAUCCAUGUGCCCAGAGACCGAACAAAGCCCUUUUCUCAUUGCAGCAUCGGUAUUAUCCUGGUUCCUUGACAGAUGAAAGUUUUAAAGUUUGCCCUUCAGUUGCAACAAGGAACUACCAGAUGUCCAGCCUACAUCCAGGCUCCAACCUUUCUCCAGCUUCCCUUCCAUACCCAUCCACUAUGUCAGAGAGAGAGGAAAGGCUGUUCAAUCAGCUAGUUCAUGGAAAGUUUGUGCUAUCGGGAUCUCCAUCGGCACUCAACCCAAACAAAGUUAUCCUUAGUGUAGACCACAAAACCAGAGAGAUUGUGGCAGCAAACGAGAAGGCUUGCACACUGUUUGAGUGCGAUACUAAUGAGCUGAUUGGAAAAAAGCUUUGCUACUUCCUCAAGAAAACCAAUCAAGUCCUAGACGAAGCUUUAGAAGAGGAUUUUCCACUAGUUGAUGGAAUUGUUGAGACUGUGUCUGCAAAAGUGGUGGAUGUUGUGACAGUGUCUGCAGAGGUUCCUGUGUCUGUGUGUGCCCAGAGACAGGCACAAAAUAAGGAUCACUUGCUUGUCAUGAUGGAAAAUGUGGAAAGAAUUUCAGCCACUCUGUCCUUUUCCCAAAGUGGCAGCAUCUUAACCUGUGAUUUGGCAUUUGCACAUCUUCAUGGAUAUCACCAUCCUAAAGACUUAAAAGGACUGAAUGUUCAGGAGCUAAUCCCGUCUUUACAUAUCCCGCUCCACGGUCAUGGAUUGCCUAAAGCGCUAAGGCUUCAGAGAGUGUGUGGUAAAAGUAAAGAGGGCUCAUCAGUCCCACUAUGUAUCAAACUUCAAGGGGCAGUACUGUGUCGAAAGCCUCAGCACCAGAACUAUGGGAUGGAUUGCACCUGCUCAAUUGACAUUCUUGAAGGUUCAGAUGUACAGGAAAAGCAUCCUUGCUCCCAUUAUACCUCUCCUGUGUGUAAGACGGAUUCCUUAGAUGGGGAACAUGGGAUGCAACCUCAGGAACUAGCCGUUGAUUCUAAAUACUCUGGCCCUGCAUUAGAGUAUUCUGGAACAGUUUGGGCAUUUGCUCCUCUGAGUGGUCUCCUCCUGCUUCACCCCGAUGGCUCAAUAUUCCGAAUCAACAACUACCUGGCUCUCAGUUUGUUUGGUUACAGCAGGGAAGAACUCCAGGGAAAGAGUGUCACUUUCUUGAUGCCUGGUUUUUAUGGCUGGAUGACAGACUGCGAAAGAAAGGGUAGCCAAUCCCAUGAUUCUCAAAAAGAUGCUGGUAGAAGUACUGCUUCAUCCAAAAUUUUGAGAAAAUCUGACCCAUCUUCAUUAGUGGCUGGAGACAUGGCCUUGGUGCAGCAGGCUUUUAUGGGAAGAUCCUUAACAGGAAGAGGCAGGAUCUUUACUGGAACCAGCACCAGGCUGGAGAAACAGGGCAGCCCUCUGUCAACUCUUUCACCCCCUAAAGUUACUUCCACAAGAAUGAUAAUGGCCAAUGAUACCUCAGAGCUGUUGGCAGAAGCAGCUCAGGUGGCUCUGCCCAGUAGUGAGUUGGACAGCGCAGACACCACUCAGGCACUCCUGCAGACAUUUGCAUGUGUGGAACCACCAGAAGAUGACACCUGCUGUGCAGUUCUCACCGAAGCACCACAAUGUAAUAAAGAGCAGCAGCUCAACAACGUUUAUUACACUCCCCUUCAGAAUGGACAUGUUGCUGGGACAGUGGCUGGCACCUCCCCUGAUGUAGGCACAGACCACCCAUCGUGUGUCUCUGUCCUCCAAGACUCAAGCUUUGAGGUCAUCUCACUGGAAAGCAGGUCUUCAUCUGGUUUCUGUGAAAAGUUUGCUGCUCAUGGUGGCUCUGACCCAGCUCAUGCUGAAGACUCUCAUUUAGCACACAUAGUGGACUCAGCCAGCUGCUUCCUGGAACUUAACAGCAAUGGUGAGCUGGUGACCCGGGCACUGGCAGACUUGGAUCUAAGCUGUAAUGUGGAAGUGCUCAGUGGUGGGGGGUACAGCGACAACAAUCAGCACUGCAUGGCAUCCUGUGAUUCAGCAAAGGUCCUGCAGACACCUGUUACAGUUGUAAUUGACCAGCCAGGAGAGCCUGGCUCCAGUGACAUACAAGUUGAAAAGGAAGACGGCACUUCAAAUCAGUGGGCAGCUCUCUCUUCAAUUCACAAAGGAAAGAGCCAGGAGUUCUGUGUGCAAGUGAACUGUGGGACUGAGCUAAUGCCAGAUAUUCCUUCCACAUCUACUCCAAAGAAACAGAAAGUGAAAGGCCAGAGCUUGUCCACAGACACUGCACAGCUAAUGGAAGGGCAAUUUGAAGGCAUUGCCUACCAUAGAGAUGGUUCAAAAGUUGACCUACAGUGUAAUGUGUGCAAGACUACACUGGCUGAUGGGACAUUUAUGUUCUGUGUGUGGUUGCAUAGACCUGGACACCAUGGGACUCUACUGCAAACGCAUGGAUCAGUACACGGUCAAUCAGAUGCCAGUCUAGGAGAGAGAAUUGCUGAGGCUUGUCGUGGGGAAGCAUUACGCUCUACAAUAGACUUAGAGCAUUCGCGUGCCUGUGAUGGGCAGUUUGAAGAAGAAUACCAGCCAGUCAAAGCUGUGGGCAAAGGAGCCUUUGGGUUUGUCUGGAAGGCAGUGAGGCGCUGUGAUGGACAAGAAGUGAUAGUGAAGUUUAUUAGCAAGGCCAGAAUAGUGAAUGACUGCUGGGUAGAUGACCCCAUGUUGGGACGAGUUAGCCAGGAGAUUGCCAUAUUGACAAGGGUCCAGCACCACAACAUUGUGAAGGUUCUGGAGGUGUUUGAGAAUGGAAGCUACUUCCAGAUGGUGAUGGAGAAACAUGGUGAUUGCUUGGACCUUUUUGAGUUCAUUGACAUGCAACCAAGGCUGGAUGAGCCUCUGGCCAGCUACAUCUUUAGACAGCUGGUAGCAGCGGUCUUCUAUUUGAGGAUGAAAAACAUCCUUCACAGGGACAUAAAAGAUGAGAAUAUCAUCAUUGAUAAGUGUUUCCACAUUCGACUGAUAGACUUUGGCUCUGCUGCUGUCAUGGCUCCUGGGAAGCUCUUCUACAAUUUCUGUGGCACACUUGAGUAUUGCUCCCCAGAGGUGCUUCAGGGUAACCCCUAUCAUGGUCCGGAGCUAGAAAUGUGGUCUCUGGGUGUGUUGCUCUACACGCUGCUCUUCAGUGAGAACCCUUUCUGUGAUGUGGGGGAGAUCUUGGAUGCCAAACUCAAACCUCCAUUUCACCUCACUCCAGAGCUGAGCAGUGUGUUACAUGGACUCCUGCAUCCUGAUCCUAGUCAGAGAAUGACCCUUGACCAGUUGCUACUACAAUCUUGGAUCAGCCAGCCUAUUUCCAUGGCAGAAUACAGCUGGACAGAGGUGGUUCCUCCAUCACAGAGCUACUGCAUACCACAGGAUCUGGAGUCCAGUCCCAAAGUUGAUAUUGGACAAGAUUUAUUCCCAGAUGCUGGUGAUGAAACUCUGCCAGACGAGGAGGACGAUGAGGAUGAGAGGGCAUCGUUGGUGGCCCUGGAGACUGAACUGCAGAAGUACCUCCAAGAGAGUUGAAGAAUGAAGUCAAAAAAAAGGAAAAUGAAGUCCAGCUAGUCAAAAACAAGGACCUGAAGUGGAAAAAUAAGAAGUGAAACACUAAUCUGUCUAGAUGAAGUCUUGGGCACAUUUACACUUUGCAGUAGAGUGAAUUGUAUUGCUGUGUCUGUGGGUUUUCAAACUGUCCUUGACAUAUGUGAUUGCUAAAAGGCAAACACAUGAUGAUGCACCAUGAAUGUUUUGUUUUUAUUUAAUCUAUUUAUUCUUUAAAUCUGAGGAAACUUGAAGCAUUAAAAUCACAAUGAUACUGAAUAAUCCAAGUGUUUCAAAAUUGAUCCUUUUGCCUUAGCUCUUGUGUUGAAGGUUUUUGAUUUGUCUGUAGUAAAUGUGUUGUUUGUGUGAUUUUAAUCUAAAAUGUGUAAAUAUAUUUACAAAAUUUUGUUUUAUUCAUAUUUUUAUACAUUAGUAAAUAUGCUACAAAUAAACUUUUUAAACACUUAAUUGUUUAAAUUAAUAUUG